GGGUGGAGAAGAGAAGCUCCUCCAAUUUCCAUGCAGUUCUUGCCUCUUCCUUCUCCUUCUCCCCCAUUCACUAGUUAAACGUUUUCCCCCUCUUUCCAUUCUCUCUCUCUCCCUCAUCAGCAGCACCCUCUGUCAUAUAUGCACGGCUCGAAUUGCAUCACCAUUACACCACCAUAGCUCCCAAGAAACUGAAUCAAACCAAGAAAGAAAAGAAACACACCAUCACCAUUGCAAUCAUUCAUCACAAUGGGAAGGCCUCCAUGCUGUGACAAGUCUAAUGUGAAGAGAGGGCUUUGGACUCCUGAGGAAGAUGCCAAGAUCCUUGCUUAUGUAGCCACCCAUGGCAUUGGCAACUGGACUUUAGUCCCCAAGAAAGCUGGACUGAAUAGAUGUGGAAAGAGUUGCAGGCUGAGAUGGACGAAUUACUUGAGACCUGACCUGAAACAUGACAACUUCACUCCUGAAGAGGAAGAACUCAUUAUCAGACUCCAUGAAGCCAUUGGCAGCAGGUGGUCAGUGAUAGCAAGGCAGCUGCCGGGGAGAACAGACAACGACGUGAAGAACUACUGGAACACCAAACUGAAGAAGAAGCUGCAGAAGAUCGGGAUCGACCCGAUAACACACAAACCAAUCUCCAAGAUCCUCAACGAUUUCGGCACCAUAAGUGGCAUCAACAUCCCUUCUGGCACAACUACAACGACCAAUUCAGCAACCCACCAAGCUGGUCCCUUUAUGAGAAAAGCCUUCAAACCAGAACCACCUUCUUCUUCUACCACAACAACGCCAACCUCGUCUUGCUCCAAUAACAGCACAUUAAUGAUGGUCAACAACAACAAUAAUGACCAUACUCCUCAACAGGACAAUUACAAUGGUUCCUUCUCCCUCACACCACCACCAUCAGCAGCAGCAGCAUCUGCUGGCGCCGAAACGUUUCUGUCCUGGGACUUCUCUGCCUCUGCAUCAUCAUCUCCUCUGCCUUCUGCCGAAACGUUUCUUGGCUCGCCAAGAGAAUCAUUCUCCUCAUCGUGUCAGCAACAGCAAACGGAGGCUCAAACUGCUCAAGGGUUGAUGUGGAGGGAGUUUCUGGUGAGCGAUUCGACGCUGGCAUCGUCGUCAGGUUUCCAGCAUGAGCAUGAUGAAGAGAAGGCAAUUGAGGAGGGGCCAUCAGCGGCACUAGUACCUCCACCAUCAGAAGCAGAACAUUUCUCAGCUCGAAAUGAUGGAGAUGACAUGGUAGCUGCAUUGUGCGGUGGUGGAAGUAGUUCAUUUGUGGAGAGCAUGUUGGACAAGGAGAGGGAGAUGAUGCAGUCACAGUUUCCUCAGCUUUUGGAUCGUCUUGCUUUUGAUUACUGAUUAAUUGAUGUUAACUCUGUUUUUUGUUCUGCUUUAGACUUCAUUAGCUGAUCUUUUUGUUUUCCUUUGUGGUGAUGAAAUCACGUCAAGCUUAUUUCCAGAAGGCAUAUAUGUAUCAAGGAUGGGGAACAAAGGAGGUAAAAGUAGCAUGACGAGUUUUUCCUCUCCCUUCUUCUUCCUCCUCUUUGCCUUUUGGCGGAAAGAAUUGUAAGGUACUAAGGUUAGGUAGUAUAUUCGGAUUUUAGUAUAUGGAGUGGGAAACAUUAUUGACACAUUAGAAGUUGCAACCAUACCUUUUACUUGAUCACAAUACUACAUAGCUACUUUUAUCUUUUGAAAGUAAUAAAUUAAGUGGGUAUCAUGAUAUCCCGUCAAAAUUUGAAUAUGGAGAUUGACAUUACAUGAGUGAAUUAUAGUUGACAUGGACACGAUUUCGAUCAUAUGGUUGAUUGGAUGAGUGACUCGUUCAUGACAAGAAGGAAAGAAAUGUUACUUGAUAUUGGCAUGAUGCCUAUUAUGGGGGCUUUGUCAUCAAUGUUAAAACCUAUUCAAACACCUCAUGAAUAGAAAUUUACGGGUUGAUUCACGAUGAAUUUUCACAAACUAAAAAAUAACUUACUUCCACAAGUUUGCUCAAUUGUCAGAAUGUGCAUAAGAGGUAGUGUGAAUUGUGUAUACUUUUUCGAUAUAGUACUUUUAUGGCUAAAUACACGUUUGGUCACUCGAAUUAUACAAAUCUUUCACGUUUGUCACCCGAAUUACUUUUCUUUCUUAUUCGCCACUAACUUUACAAAUCGUUUCACCGUUAAUCACCGGCCGUUACACUCUGUUAAAUUUGUCCUACGUGGCAGUUAACUUUAAAGUUUGACCGUUAACUAAAUGACGUGGAAAUUAAAAAAUUAAAAAAAAAUUUAUUUAUUUUUCCACCUCAUCAUUCCACUUCCUUUGUUUACAUGAUUUAUCAUACUAUUUAUUAAACAAAAUUAAUUAAAUUACAAAAAGCGUGUGGGAGGAGAAGUUUGUCGAUCGGUGGACGGCGACCAUCCUGGUCCCUCUGCCGACUUUAGUAUGAUAAAUUAUAUUGAUAAAGUAAGUAGAAUGAUGAGAUGGAUAAAUAAAUUAUUAUUUUUAAUUUCCACGUCAUCUAUUUAACGGUCAAACUUUAAAGUUGACUACCACUUAGGAUAAAUUUAACGGAGUGUAACGGCCAGUGACUAAAGAUGAAACGAUUCGUAAAGUUAGUGGCGAAUAAGAAAAAAAAGUAAUUCGGAUGACAAACAUGAAAGAUUUGUAUAAUUCGAGUGACUAAAUCAUAUAUUGGAUGAAAUGUAAACUGGAGGUUAUGGAGAACCACCAAAUGAUGAAAAUUUAUUUUUGACAAAUCAUAUUUUCGUUUUUGACGAAUUCUCUUUGCCCCUCCGAAGAAAAAGGGAACAAUAAACAUUCAACAAAUAAAUAACACAAAACAAGGCCUCAUUAAGAAGGUAAUUAUACUACCAAAAAACUAAAAUAAAGACGUGGAAAUAAC